AUGGGAAUUAAAAAUUUAUCGAAGCUCAUCAAGAAGCAUGCGCCGAAUGGAAUCAAAACAAGGGACUUCAAGUAUUAUACUGGCCAUAGAAUAGCAGUAGAUGCAUCAAUGUGCAUCUACCAGUUUCUGAUUUCAGUCAGGUCUGAGGGCGCCAAUUUGACUUGGGGUGACUCUACCACAAGCCAUUUGAAUGGCCUGUUCUAUAGGACUAUACGGUGGAUUGAGUCUGGUAUCACACCUGUCUUCGUAUUUGACGGGGAGGCGCCAGCAGCAAAGAUCCACGAAUUGAGUAAAAGAGAAAAAAGAAGAGAAGAAGCCAGUGAAAAGUUGAAGGAAGCCCUUGAAGAAAAAGAUAGUGAAAAAAUAUUGAAAUAUAAAAAGAUGAAUAUGAAAAUGGAUAAGACACACAUAGAAGAUGCACAAAUCUUAUUGGAUUUGCUGAAGAUACCGUAUAUCACGGCACCAAGUGAAGCAGAGGCAUUCUGUGCCUGGAUGUGUAAAGAGGGAUUUGUGGAUGGUGUUGCAACUGAAGACAUGGAUACGCUCUGUUUUGGAGCACCUUGUUUGUUGAGGAACUUCAACUCAUCGAAGUCCAAGAAGAUGCAGAUCGAUGAAUUCAAUUUGAAUGCCAUUUUGAAGGAAUUAGAUUUCAAACAGGAACAGUUCAUAGAUUUAUGUAUUCUACUUGGCUGUGAUUAUUCAAGCACGUUGAAGGGGAUUGGGCAGAAGAAGGCGUAUGAUUUGAUUGAGAAAUACAAAUCAAUAGAAGGAAUAUUUGAGGCAAAUCCGGAAUUAGAGAAGGAGAAUGAGGGCUUUGCCUACAAAAUGGCACGAAGCAUCUUUAUGGAAUUGAGUUCAACCAAAAUGAAUUCAGAAGUGAUGGAAGACAAGGAGAACAAGAAAAAUGUAGAGAAACUGAACAAUAUUGUAUUCAGGGCAGAUGAUAUCAAUUUGGAUGAUGCAGUGACGUAUUUGGUGGAUGAAAAGGGAUUUGAUAAGACGCGAAUCACCAACGGAGUCACUAAGUUGAAAUCAGGCAGAUCAUUCAUGAAACAAACCAAAAUUGAUGCAUUCUUUAAGAGAGUGAAUUAA